AUGGCUUAUUUUGGGGAAAGCCUUAUGGGAGUAGCCUCCGGAUGGUUUAUGGAUCAAGACACAUCUGCUGGUAUGUCUGGGAAGACAUGGCACAGGCCUUUGUCAAACAGUCCCAAUACAACAUCGACAUCGCCCCAGACCAUUGAAUCUGAUAUAUUUAGUGACACGAAUGAGAAGGGCGAAGAAAUCAUGAUGACAUUAGGGUCGAGAAGAGGUCCUAAGAGAGCAUCUCGAAGGUGUGACCAGCCUCGUCUGUUUUCCGAUGAUGCUCCUGAGCACUACUAUCCACCUCAGAGCCCACAAUACUCUGUUGCUCCAUCUCAAAUCAAGGAAUUCUUCUAUAUCACGUCACUGGAUAAAGAGGCAGGGUUUCCAUCUUGUCGAGUGUGCCAGUGUUCUGAAUCGGACAAGAAGGGAGUUGCUGCAUUAGGAUUUCUAGGAAUUAUUCCACCAUCACCGGAUGCAUACGGUAGCAAUGGAGAGGUGAAGCUUGAUUUCCUUGAAGUGGUGAAAAAUGACGAAAAUGUUUCCUUCAACAGAAGUAGCGCGAAAGGAUCUGCACUAGUUGAAUUCAUUAGUCCAAAAGGGGAGGUUUUUGUUUGUAAUGGUGAUAUAGAGAUGGGUUAUGAUGAGAACCAGGACUAUUUGAAUGAGCUUCACUGUGCGUGCAAAAAUGAUCUUGCUAUGGUACACUACGCUUGUGCACUUAAGUGGUUUAUUAACCAUGGAUCCACCUUAUGUGAGAAAUGUGGAUCCGGAGAUAACGCAGCCGAGCUCCUGCUAUGUGAUAAGUGCGACAGUGGAUUUCACCUGUAUUGCCUAAGACCCAUUCUUGCAUCUGUUCCAAAAGGCUCUUGGUUCUGCCUCUCUUGCGUUAUUAACAACGAAAAGCUAACCAUUGUCAGAUAUUCGGAUAUUUUAGUUUAUCGUUAG